CAAUCCCCACCCCCGCGCGCGGAGUCCCUGUGACGUAACCGUAACGGCAGUUUCCGGGGUGGAGCCAGGGAGGGCGGGAGUUUAGGCUGCGCCGACCCCUCAGCCCCCCGCCAGGUGACCUCAGCCCCCCGCAAAUCCUCACCCGGGGCCCCAAGUAUCCCAGCCCCAUGACCGCCAAGCCUUCCGCCCUGAGUGCCCCUCGCCCCCGAGGUGACCGACAUCCUCAUCCCUUAACGUCCAGUGCCUCCCAAACCUCCCAUCCCACCCUGUCCCGAUGUGGCAACUGCGGCUUCCCGGGGGCACCUACCUCAGAUUACCUGGGGACAAGCCAGACCGGUCCCGGGAAUUGCCGAGAAGGGGGCCUGGGGUUGGGGAGGCCUUGAUCCAUCGUGCCGCUCCCCAGGAGACGUUCGGAGCCCAGGACAUGUCGGGAUUGAGGAGAUACGAGGUGGCGCUGGAGGCGGAGGAGGAGAUCUACUGGGGCUGCUUCUACUUUUUCCCCUGGCUGCGCAUGUGGCGGAGGGAGCGGAGCUCUGCGCACCCCCGGGAGCAGAAGCUGGAGCCUCUGCGGGGCCUGAUGAGUUGUCUGUCAAACGGCCUGGGCCCUGCUCCCCAGCGCUCCGGUCGCGGCCUCCCCCGCCGCACCCCCGCCGCCACUGCCCAGCCAGCCGGUGCAUUAAAGAUUUAACCC